GUGGGAUUGUGAGGUGUGUACUGAUUGGUGGGGACGAGAAUGGGGGUGGGCCAACGUGACCCCGCCCCGUGUUUGGCUCGGGGAGGGGAUCGUGAGUCGAUUGAGAGUUUGUGUGGAAAACAAAACGGCGGAGAAAGGUCGAGUGGCCGGUCAGGGCAAGCGGAGGCGCCGCGUCUGAGGCUGAGUUUCCUUCUGUUCGGCAUGUGUAUGAGAUAUGAGAGACAAUGUCGAUAAAAGACAAGAGCGACACUUUGGUUUAUUCCUAUGAGUCCUCUGUACACAGUACCAAUGUACUACUGAGCCUCAAUGAUCAAAGGAAACAAGACCUCUUCUGUGACGUGACUGUGAUAGUAGAAAACAAGUCCUUUCGUGCUCAUCGUUCUGUGCUUGCUGCCUGCAGUGAUUAUUUUCUGUCAACUGUGGUAUGGAAGAAAGAGCUUGACAUGAUUGUUACACUCCCUGAGGAGGUUACAGUAAAAGGUUUUGCACCGCUUCUUCAGUUUGCAUACACUUCCAAACUUCUUUUGAAUAAAAGUAAUGUGUUGGAUGUAUGUAGAAGUGUAGAAUUUCUUGGAAUCCAUAACAUAGAGAAAACAUGCUUUAGUUUUCUUCAAGCGAAGCUCUUUGGAAAGAAUAAAGAUUUUACGGAAUUUUCAAGAAGUGCAUGUUGUAUGUCCACAUGUCUGAAAACAAAUCUAAAAAUUCCUGUUGGUGACAAUGAAAAUUCAGAGGUUGAUGAUGAUGUGGAAGAAUUUCUUGAAUUUGAAAAUCUCAAGAGCCCCUGUCCAAAGCUCCGUAAAUGCAUUGAAGUUGGGAAAAUUAGUCCAGAUGUUCAAAAUGAGGCAACCAAUUCCAAGUAUACCUGUUUAAAACAGAGUGAAUGGGCCAGUUCAUCAUCUCUUUGUCCUAAGUACCGAAAAUUUCAGUUGGCCUGUGGGAAGGAGCGAAUGACAUCAUGGAGUAAUAAUUUGUCAUUACCAAAUUCUUCAUUAGAGCAAAUAAUUUCAAAACAGCAAAUUGGCCCUUGUCAAAACCUAACAUUCACGGUUGAGUCUGGGGAUGCACCUAUGAGGCAGACUGAAAAGGAUCAAGGUGGCAUAUCUAUGGUAGGUGAGAAUGGAAUCUAUAAUGAUGAAAAUAUUGAAGUGAAGAAGUCAAUGGAUGUAAGUUGCUCUGUAGCGCAAAACUUUUUAGUUGAAGAAUCAAAUGGGCUAGCACAAAAUAUCUCAGGUAUUCACCCAACCUUUACUGAAGAGCAUUACAACUUGCCUUGCUCCCAGGCAGAACUAUUUGUUCCCAUGAUGUUGCAGUAUGACAAGUUGCAAAAGACUAAUGCUGCUGUUGCAGAUAUUGAAGGAACAAAAAUUGAAAUUGGUCAAGGAUGUGAUCAUCCAAGUGCUUCAGAAAAAGGAGGGGGAGACUCUGAGAGAAAAUCAGUUAUUUUUAGCUCGAGUUGUUCUAAAAAACAAAGUAUUAAUCCAGUCUCCAGUGGUCAAAGCAUUGUGGAAAGAGAAGUGGCAGAACAUUUAGCAAAAGGAUUCUGGAGCGAACCCAACGGAUCAAGGUCUGGUUGUAAGGCUGAAUCUUUUAUUGAAGAGAAUAAUUGUCCAAGACAACUCAAUAUAGAGAGAAUUUCUCAAUGCCCACAGUUUUCCAUAGAUUCUUGCCAAACCCUUGAAGAAAAUUCUCAGAGUACUUUACUACUGCACUAUACUUCUUCAGCAUCACACCUGUCUGGUUCUACAAACAGCUCUUCAAAGUGCCCAUUUAAAUAUAGCACUGGAAAUUCAGUGUGUUCCAGCAGCUCAGGUUUAGAGGAGCUUGAAAAUGACCAAGGACAGCAGCAAGGCAAAUAUGAUGAUGCCUGUACUACUAACUCAGGAGAUGAUUUUGGCUCAGAAUCGGAGGAUGACAGUGAGUCGUGCUCUGCCAGAGAACAAGAAUGUGAGGUAAAGCUACCAUUUCCUGUUGAAAGAAUUACACUGUUAUCCAGAAAUGAUUUUCAAACAAUGCUGAAGCUGCAUAAACUGAAUCCAGAACAAUUAGAUUAUAUCCAUGAUAUACGACGUCGUAGCAAAAACAGAAUUGCAGCUCAACGCUGUCGAAAGCGGAAACUUGAUUGCAUUCAGAACUUGGAAUGUGAAAUACACACACUGCUUUGUGAAAAGGAGAAGUUACUACAAGAGAAGGGGCAAUUAAAACUAUCUAUGGGUGAAACCUGGAGUAAUUUAUCAGGCCUUUGUAAGCAGAUAUGUAAAGAAGCAGCCCUGACCCCUGAACAAAUUCAGACACUAGCAAAAUACUCCUCCCCAGAAUGCCCUCUUUCAGUGCUGAACACACAAAGAAGCCUUGGUUCCAUCACUCGUACAAAUCUGAUUAUUUCACAUCCAGGAUAUUCCAAGGGUUCGAAGAGUAUGGAAUGUAUUGAUGAGCAAGGCUCUAGUCAACGGCUUCAAGAAAAAACAAUGGAUAUCCCCAGCAGUCCACGAGAAGGGAUUACAGCAGAUCCAUCCAAGACUGAACAGUGCUGCCAAACUGUAAUGACUGAUUUCUGUCAAGAAAUGAUAGACAAAUGUACCACAGAUGAGUAAUCCUGAUGUAUUUUACAAUUUUCAAUAGGAACUCGUACUCUUCUUUGAGUUUGAAAUUCAUUUACAGGAAUCAUGAAGCACAGUUGAUCCAGAAGAGCAAUGCAAAUCAUUUGUAAUCUUUUUAUGUAUGCAAUCUACAUUGUCUUGAAACUGAGAUGUUUUUAUAACGUUCCUUUUGAAUUUAUACAUGUUACUACAUGUGAAAUUUAUGCAAGGUUCAAAAAUACUUGGCAGUUUAAUCAGUGUAAUGUAAAGAGCGAUGGAUAUGACUUUUUUAAAUUCUCUGCUUGACAAACUGUGAAGGAGGGGAAAGAUGCAUAUUGAAGUAAUCCAUAAAUUCCACGUACCAGAGAAACAAAGGACUGCAGAUGCUGGAAUCUAGAUGAAAAACACAAUGAUGCUGGAGGAACUCAGUAGGUCUUCUCCGGUAUCAUCGUGUUUUUUCCAUCUAAAUUCCACCUACCAUCUCAAUAAAUUAAACAUUUCACUAAACUUUAAGCACCCUUCAUCAGACACUGGGUUGUCUGCGUCUGUUACUUGUAUGUUUACGUGACGUGAUACCUCUUCAUUCUUAACACUUUAAAAUCUGUAUUUUCACUUUUUCCAAAAAAAAGUGCCAUUUCCUCUUUGGUUCAGUUAUUGUAGAAAUCCAUGAACAGUGAAGUUUUUGCAUUAAUGAAGUUUUAUAACCAAACACUAAUUUGUUUCCUAAGCAUCACAAGUAUAUUUUAAUAGAUUUUCCUCGAGCACUAUUGAAGGGCUUUCUUUUGCCAAAUCAUUUUUUUCAAUUGAUAAUCACGGACUGUUUAUUGUACUAGCAGAUGGAUAGUUCUUUUUAAGAGACAGCACCAUAGGUUGAGUGGCUGCCUUCCAUGUUCAGAGAUGGUGUCAUUCCUAAGUAGUCAUAUCUGUGAACCUUUGACCCACUAAGUUCACUUCACUUCAUCAAAGCAGGAUCCUGUGCCACCUAUUGUCAGCAUUCUUUUGUGGACUGAGGAUCAUCAAUGCAAUUGAUAUUUAAUCUCCUAUCAAACACUGGAUUUGUUUUAAAGAUCAGCAAGUUGGGAACUUCGUGCAUUGCUACUAAAUUUCUGUUUAAUUACAGUAUCUAAUUGUGGAAUGUUUUUUUUUAUCCUCCUGGUCUCCUUGGGACUCUGAAAAUCGUGUCAACAGAGUUGGUAAUUUUUAACGUUUGGUGCAGAAAGAUGAAAAACAAAGCUCAGAACAUGUUUUCAAGCAGAUUCUUGCUGUAUUCAUUGCCUGGAAAAGAUGAGAAUAUGAUUGAGGUAAUGGCUUCUUCCUGGCAUCUCUCGACACCAUCUGAACCCCUCCUCAAAAGAGGUCUAUAAUUAUGGGUUGUUGGUGGUGGUAUUUAAAUAUGCAUAUGUCAUUGCAAUCAGUGAGCAUUAAUGGUCUAAAUGUCCUUUUUCCCCACCACCUCGCCCCGCACCCCCACUUUGUGUUCAUGAUGUGUCGGUGAGUGCUUAAUGUAGAAUAAAGUCUUCCAUUUCACACCAGCGUUUGUUUCCACCCCAGAUGUUUUUUGUAGUGGAAUUGAAUACUAGGAUCCUUGGAUUUUUUUUAUAUGCACUAUUUUUUUUACUUGAAAUAGUUCAAAAAAAAAUGUAAAUAUCACAACAUUAUCACAGAUGUACACUUGGGGAGAGUUCAUGGGUUUUUCUAAAUGUAGGGCAGCCAUGGAAAUCCCUCAUUAUAAAGAACUCUAUUGCAUCUGUUUAGAAAAGACAUUAACCACUAAUAUUUACAGCAGUAGUACAAUAAAACAAAAAUUAAUGUGGCCUAAGUUAAUUGAAAUAAGAUGCCUUUAUCAAUAUUACUUGAAAGUGAAUCAUUAAAUAUUUUAUAGCUGGUUUAAUUUUGCUGCUCCUAAACUUAGAAUCUGCAAAUAAUUGACAAAAUGCAUAUCAUUGUCUUACUGUAUGCUAAGGUUAAGUAUAAAACUAACUUUUUGGUUUCUGUGCACAGCAGGCCUUUAGGAAGUUUUCCCUAUGCUUUGAUUGUGAUAAACAGAAGUAGAAGCCAUUUAUUCCAGCCAAUAUCUUGACUACCUCAAUGUUGAAGGAAUACAUCAGAAGAGGCAAUGGUGUAAUAUUCUAGCCAAAUGUCAGUCAGUACUUCUACUUGGGACAAUCAAGUUUCAAGUUGCAUACCUUUCUUAUUGUACAUUGUUGAUCACAAAUCACCACCAUUGGGUGAAAGAAAAAUAAGAGUUGCUUAUUGGGGCAGCAGUAUUAUUUCAGUGGACCACCCAGCUCAACCUUAUUGUCAGGGAUUGUCAAAUAUAUUAACAGUAUUCUUGUCAUUUUUCUUUAGAAAACUACAGGACAAGGUUAAUGUUGCCCUAUGAGGAACAAUGUUUAGUUACAAAUUUAAGUUUUUAAUGCGAGGUGUUUUUGAGAUUUAAUGGGCAAACACUGUAAGGCCUCCAAUACAAUUUGGUUAUCCUCUGGAGUGAUUCUUUAAAGUUAUGCUGAAAUUGGCAUUUAUUUGUAUUUGGAAACAGGAAAUGGCAUAACUUCUGUUUUGGAAGGAGGACAGAAUUCAUCUGUUAGAGACGUAUGGAAAUAGAAACAAUUUGAUGCAUUGAAAAAUGGUCUUUAUUUCUUAGUAGUACAGUAGAGGGCGUCCAAGAUCAAUUGUAAAUCAAAGUUAAUACUCUUAAAAUUCAGUGUGUAUUAAAGAAAAAAAAUGUAAAUACAAAAAUUUGCCUAGGAUUUUAGCUUUCUUCCAAGACUAACUUCCCCUAAUUUAUCUUGAACCUCCCUCUCUUGCAAUACCAGGAUAUGGCAAGAUUAAUUCUAAUCAUAUGAUAAUGAAGCAAAGAAUUUUUAUUUGUAUCAGCUCAGGUAAAACAAUUAACUUUUUCUUUAAGAAAUUUUUUGAACAAUCAGUCUUUGCUGUUUUUGUGGCUUUUCCAUAAAAUUCUAAUACUUUUCGUUAACCUGUUCAAUAAUGGGCAGAUGAUGUAAAUUCUGAAGGUUUAUUGACCUGAUAGUACCUACCUGUGGGCCACAUUGAACAGUGAAAAUUACCAGGAUUUUGUGACACCAAAUAUAUCUUGUAUAUAUUUUUAAAAUAUAGCGUUUAUGUUCACUGCAGUGUUGUAGUUUUAUACCACACAUCUCAUGCUUAUAUAAUGGAUUAUAGAAAAAGCUGCCUCAGAAGGCAAUAGACAUGCUUAUUUUUGGUAGGCUGAGCCUUCAAAUGCAAUAUCUCAAUUUGUAUGCUCUUAAGGAACAAGCACAUUGAAAUAGUCCAGGAAAAUGUAAUUCACUGCAGGGAUAUGAGCUGCAUGUUUGAAAUCAAGUGUGUUCAACUUUCAACCUCACUAAAUAUGCAGUUUAUCAGAUCUACUGGCUCAAACAUUUCACUAGCAAAUGUUUCCGCAGAAUCUAAUUUUUUUUCGGGGAGAUGUGUAAAUCAGUGCUGAAUUUCUUCACAACUUUGAGAAUUCACCUAUUUUAAAAAAAAAGUACAAAGUUUAUGCAUUUCUAAUGUACAAUUUUAUAAAGAAUAUUUACUGUGGAUUGAUUUGGAAAUAUAUACUGAAAACUACUUUUUUAAAUUUGUAAACAUGCUACUGUGGUUAAUAUUCCUUUGAAGCACUAACGGAAGAUUAGCACAGUGAUUGUCUAAUGUCUGGUCCACUUAUUCAGAUUCCCUGUUUUUGAUGUUUUGAAUUAACCUCAAAUAUUUCACUGUCUGUUCUUGUGAAUAUUUUUGACAUUGUACAGUUGUAUUGUUAUGUAACUAUGUAUUCACUGCCAUUCUUUUUUUGUAUUGUACAAACUUUAAGGAAACAACAGCAAUUGUUGGGUGUGUUCUUGCUUUACUGAAUAUACUUGUUUGAAUUUUUAACAGAUUUUGAAAAAGUGUAAAUAUUAAAAUAUGUGGUACAGUUGUUCAUCUCAAAAGCUUCCAGUAUUUGUGUAUCUGAAGUCUUCAGACCAUAUAUUUGAAUCAUGUGCAUUGGUACCAAAUGUUGAUGAACUUUGGGGGAAGUACUAUUUCAUUGCUUGUGUUUUGAACCAAAGCUCAAAUGCAUUAAGUAAGAUUUGAUUCAGUCAAGAUGAGAAGUG